AUGUUGAGGACAGCCGAACCUCCUAGGUUGCCAGAUUAUGAUGUCUUGUCGGCUCGUCUUACAGCUGAUAGAGCAACUGGACGUGCCUGCAAUCUCAAUGACACAAGAUUUUUCAGAAAUCAUGAUAGAAAAAAUUUAGAAAUAUACUUCCGACUAAGUGGCUUUUCAGAUUCGUUCUCUGUCGACAAACGAACGACGAGUAAGAAGCAGGACGCAGAGGAAUGGAAUCGGAAGGGGAAGAGAGGGGUGGUGAGGAAGUGA